AUGAGUGUACCACUGCCUGUAGGAACCGGCAUCGAAAAUAUCGAUGCUGAACAAAUAAAAACGUUCAAAGACUUUUUAAUAUCGUACAACAAAUUAACCGAACUGUGCUUCAAUGAUUGCAUAAACGAUUUCACAUCGAGGAAUAUUAAAAACAAAGAGGAGCAAUGCGCGCUUAAUUGCAUGGAGAAAUUCCUAAAAGUGAACCAAAGGAUAUCCUUGCGUUUCCAAGAAUUCCAAGUGCUGGCCAACGAAAGCGCAAUGGCCGCGGCACAAAAGUUAGAAAAAAGUGGAGGAUAA